AUGGCAGAAUCCAAAUCAUCUGAAGAAUGGCCGGGGAAGAUAUCGUCGAAUCAAAAAGAAACAGGCCCAAUUGAAGCCUUUGAUUGCCCCAAGGGUCCAGCAAACACGAUGUUUCAGAGAACAGAGCCAAGCACCGAAAUACUGGAGAAAUUGGCUCGACAGGUGGAAUACUACUUUUCUGCAACCAACUUGAACAAGGAUACCUAUGUUUCUACAUUGAGAUCUUUGAACGAUGGAUAUGUUCCUGUCACUAUCAUCGCAAACUUUGGCAAAGUAAGGUCGCUGGCUCCAUACGAUUCUGCGGAGGCAGUUCGCCGUGCAUCGGAAGAACACAGUGGCCUUUUGGAAGUAGUCCAGAUUGAAUCUACUACUGGAAAACGUAUUUCUUGUAAAGAAGACCAAGGGACGUUGUUUGUGCAGGCGGUCGGUCCAAUCGGUGGUGAACCGAUCCCAACUUCCAAGUUAUUUGCGAAAACAGCUAUGAUGACAUCGGUAGGUUCUACAAACUCCAAUAUGACAGUUCCUGUUGCACAUACUUCUCCUGCUAUUCAGAAUACUGUGGUUCUUCGCGAGGUACCAAACACGAUGCAAGAGUCUGACAUUAGGAGACUUUUCACCUUUGAGAAAUGUCCAUCGAUCCAAAACAUGUACAAAGAUGUUGCCAAUUGCUGGUUUGUGACACUGGAUACUAUUUCCAGGGACGAAAUGUUGGAAGUAAUGUUGGCGCUUCGACAGGCGAAAUAUCCAUCGGGAGAAUUAGUCAAAGCCAGAGUGAAGUCCGGUGUUGUAAUGAACCGAGAUGCUCUGGCAUCACCGCUUGCCUUCUACAGUUCUCUGCCGGCACAAACCGAUUCGGUUCGUUCCAACAACAGCAGGAAAAACAAGAAAAGAAAGAAUGGCAAGUCGAGAAACAACAUUACCAACAAUUCACAAAAUGCUACUAUUGCGGUAACUAAAGGAAAAACCAGCACCUCAGGUCGUCGACGAGGAAACGGAACAAAGUCGAACGAUUCGGAGCACAAGACCAACGGAAAGUCAGCUGGUAAGAAAGGGUCGUCUAUGGCAUUCCCUCUUCUCAGCCUUGGAGGUGGGCAAUUUCCUCCCCUCCCAAGUGAAUUUUCACAAUCCUGUUCGAAUAAAGUCGAAGUGGAAAAGGUCCCAACACACUACGAACUUGGCAGAAAAGGCUCUGCAAACUCAGAUUCAUCGUCCACUGCUACGACGAGCACUUCAUCUUCCAAGAGUCCACCGCUAGAGACUUCAAUGGGAGGGUAUGCAGCAGCCUUGAGGAAAGUGGCAACACUAUCAGUGAAAGAUAGUCAUCAGGAAACCCGUUUACAAAGCAAUCUACAAACUGAAAAGAAGAAGAAAAUCGAGGCAUCUUCAGCAACGAGGAACACUAGACCUCCUACAAAAAGUCAAUUGAGAAUGGAUCUGGUGUCUGACGUCGAUGUGAAACCUCCCACAUGGGGUCACGGAUCGUUUGCCGAAAUUCUUCGCACCGAAGAGACUGCACAAGCUUCUAAGUCAUAG